UCGCAACUCAAAUGCAAAACAAACGAACUAACGGUAAACUCUGGUGAAAUAUUGCAACACACACAUUGCGUAUAAAAACACGUCGUAACAAUUGUGUACGGCAAGGAAGUUCAAUACAGAGGAGGAGAAUUUCAUAAAAGCAAUCUGCUUGAUUUCCUUAAGAAAACCACAACAAAUUUUAUACCUUUAAAUCCCUAUCAAAUUUACAGUGAGAAUCGUCCAUCAUAUAAAUUAACAUCAAUAUAUAAUGUUGUUCAUGUGCCAUCAAAUGGCCAUGCAGAAGGAGGCCAAUGACAAACAGAAAGCCGAGGAACUACGUAAACAACAGAGCUGUCUUAAAGUACCUAUUAUUUGGGUUUUGGGAGGUCCCGGAUCUGGCAAGGGCACGCAGUGCGAGAAAAUUGUUCAAAAGUAUGGCUUUGUUCACUUAAGUACCGGCGAUCUUCUGCGAGCUGAGGUGGCAUCUGGCUCACCGAAAGGAAAAGACUUGGCUAUAAUUAUGAAAGAAGGCCGCCUGGUUUCUAAUGAUGAUGUUCUUGAUUUAUUGGAGAAAGCCAUACGGGAAAAGUCACUUGAUGCUAAGGGUUUUCUAAUUGAUGGCUAUCCACGAGAAAAGAAUCAAGGUGUAGCCUUUGAAAAGAAAAUAGCUCCUGUAGAUCUCAUUAUUUAUUUUGAAUGCGAAGACGAGACAUUAGUUAAUCGCAUUAUGGGUCGAGCAGCCGCAUCCACCGAAAAACGGGCCGACGACAAUGAGCAAACAGUUAAAGCACGAAUUCUCACUUUCAGAGGAAACACUAACGCAAUUUUAUCUCAAUACACUGACAGAACUUUAACGCUCAAUGCCGAACGCACCGUUGACGAAAUAUUUUGCGAUGUCACCUGUGCCUUGGACUGUUUAUUACAGAAAAAGAAUCUUGAAGCUAGCGAUCGCUAAAUUAAUUUUUAGUAUUUUUUUAAUUUUUUUUAUU